ACCCACUCAUGAAACCCAAAGAUUUUAUGUUACAGAGUGACAAGAUUGAGUUUAGGGACUUCUAUCUCAGUCUGCUUCUGUGUCCCACUGAAUAAGACAGCUAAUCUCCUGUAGCAGAGCAGUUAAAAUAAUUGAUGAAUGUGUGUGCUGAAUCCCCUGGAGAGGCUGAAGAAAGAAGGGGGGUAGGGAAAAUAGAAGGGAAAAAGGAAGGGGAGGAGGGCAGGUGCUGAUUUCAGCCCUGUAGCGUCAGGAUUGCGUCAAUUUGGGUUUCAACCACGUCUACAAUCAAAGAGCGGAGCUACUCAAGAGAGCCAAAACAGGAACGGGGGUGGCAAAUCCCUGUGUGAGGGAGAGCUGAGGUUCCUCUCUGCUUCCUCGCCCCCCACCCCCACUUUGCUCCCGCUUGAAGGUCCCCUGGGCUGCACAUUGCUGUUUUCAUCACGAGUAAAAUCCAGCCUCUGGUUCUGGGAAGAGGAAAACAGCCGCUUUCACAGUGAGGCAAGCCAGGGGUUGCUGUUCAGUACCUCGGACAGAGCACGCAGCAAACAUGGCUCCGAUCACCUCAAGCAGAGAGGAAUUUGAUGAAAUUCCUACGGUGGUGGGGAUCUUCAGUGCAUUUGGUCUGGUGUUCACAGUAUCUCUCUUUGCUUGGAUCUGCUGUCAGAGAAAAUCAUCCAAGACUAACAAGACUCCUCCCUAUAAAUUUGUGCAUGUGCUCAAGGGAGUUGACAUUUAUCCAGAAAACCUGAGCAGUAAGAAGAAAUUUGGAGCAGAUGACAAAAAUGAAGCAAAAAACAAACCAGUUGUGCCAAAGACCUCACUACAUCUUGACCUUGAGAAGAGAGACCUUAAUGGCAAUUUCCCCAAAGCAAACCCCAAAGCCGGCAGCCCUUCUGAUCUUGAGAACUUGACUCCUAAACCAUUCUCAGAAAGGGAACAGAAAGAGUCCACUUCCCCCGACAGCUUGAAGUCUAGUUCAUCCUUAUGUUCUGUAGAAAAACAGGAUAAACUUGGCACCCUCUUCUUUUCUUUAGAGUACAACUUUGAGAAAAAGGCAUUUGUGGUGAACAUCAAAGAAGCUCGUGGCCUGCCAGCUAUGGAUGAACAGUCAAUGACUUCUGACCCAUAUAUCAAAAUGACCAUCCUUCCUGAGAAGAAGCACAAAGUGAAAACCAGAGUCCUGAGAAAGACCUUAGAUCCAGCUUUUGAUGAAACCUUCACCUUCUAUGGGAUCCCAUAUAGCCAAAUACAAGAUUUGAUCCUUCACUUCAUCAUCUUGAGUUUUGACAGGUUUUCAAGAGAUGAUAUCAUUGGAGAAGUCCUUAUUCCCCUCUCAGGCAUUGAAUUGGCUGAUGGAAGAAUGUUAAUGAACAGAGAGAUCAUCAAAAGAAAUGUUAGGAAGUCUUCAGGACGAGGCGAACUUCUGAUCUCUCUUUGCUAUCAGUCCACAACUAACACUCUCACUGUGGUGGUUCUAAAAGCUCGGCACCUACCUAAAGCAGAUGUUUCUGGAUUAUCAGAUCCUUAUGUCAAAGUGAACCUGUAUCAUGCAAAAAAGAGAAUCUCCAAGAAGAAAACACAUGUGAAGAAAUGCACCCCUAAUGCAGUAUUCAAUGAAUUGUUUGUUUUUGACAUUCCUUGUGAAGGUCUUGAGGAGAUCAGUGUAGAGUUCCUGGUUUUGGAUUCUGACAGGGGAUCAAGGAAUGAAGUCAUUGGAAGGUUGGUUCUUGGAGCAUCAGCAGAAGGAACAGGUGGAGAGCACUGGAAGGAGAUCUGUGAAUAUCCUAGGAGACAAAUUGCCAAGUGGCAUAUGCUUUGUGAUGGUUAGCAUCCUAGCAAUGAAUUGGAACUUAAUGAUUUUCCAUUAACAAGGAGUAAUUUUCUUUCUUUGUUAAAUGUGAUUACAAAUGUGAUUUGACAGAAAGACAGCCUUUUUGUUAAGACUGUGUUGAAUUAGUAGAUCAGGAGGUAAUUGUAAAAUUUUAUCAUUCAUUUUAUUCUCCUUCAUUAGAGAAAUUUGAUACAAUUUCAUAAGAGAUUCAACUUCCCUGAUGGUAGCUAUUGUCAUAAUGUAAAUUUCAGUAAAAACAGUCAAGUCUUUCAUAAUUAUAUCAUUGUAUCCCUAGUUGGUAGCUGUGGUUUUGAGGAUGAUGACCUCCUCUUCAUUUGUCACUGGAACUCAUUGUGUCUCUUGAGACAUUGACAUGUCUCUCUGAGUCCAAUAUAUCAAAGCUCUUGUGAAAAUCAUUCAUUUUUCCUAAAAGUUGGAGAAAUCCAUUAUUUUGAUCAAUCCAAAGACUUUGAAGAAAUGUUCACAAGUUUGAUUUAUUAAUUAUGUUAUGCAUAAAUAGCUGUUUUGUAUGAAAUGGUGUAUACUCGUCAGUUUGUGGUUUGGAACUACUAGGUACCAUUUUCUCACAGGGAGAAUAACUUCAAUACCUUCUAAAAGCCAGUUAACACACUUAAAUACUUAGUUUUAGAAAAGGGCUCAACUGGGAUCCAGUUGUACUGUUGUAUUACAGGUGAAUUCUGUGACUGAAUAUUAAAAUCAUUGUCCUUUACCAAAAAGUUAUAUGAGAGUAUCUUGGGCUCAAACAAUGUUAAGCAUGAAAGGGACCUUAAAGAAUAUCUUAUUCAAACCCUUCAUUUUACAAAUAAAGAAACUGAAGUCCAGAAGUGGUUAAUUGAUUCCCCAAGAUAAAAGAGUAUAAAAUGUCACAUAAAAAACCUCCUAGUGAAUUGUCUAUGAUUUUGUCAUAUUCCCAAAUAUCAGUAUGGCCUAAGGAAUUAGAAAAAAGACAACUUGUUUCACUUUGUUAUGUCAUCAGUCAAAGCAAAGGAUAAAGACGUGAUACCUAGCUAGAAAACUGGCUGGGAAAAUGCUACCUUAAAUAUUUUUUUUGGAAAAUAUGGAUAUUGAAGAGAUACAUAGUCAUUUUUCUGCAUUAAGAGAUGACAGUAAUGACUAAUUCUUCAUUUAGCUUUUUUAAAAUUUUCAAUCAAUGUGAAUGGGCCAACUAUUUACAUACAAAAUCAAAUUGAGAUUGUAAGGAUCUAUUGGUUGCCAGAUGGAAAAAGGAAUUGUUCCCCAAAGCCAAAAACCAAAAUAAUAAAAAUAAUAUUUAGAAAAUAGAAAUAAAGUAAAAUAUCUUUAAUCUCCAUGCAAAUAUAUUUGCAUUAAUUCCACAUAUAUUUAGCCCAUCCCACUAGCACAGACCUGUGUGUAAUGUUUACUCUUCUUGGUUAAGUUGCCCUGGCAGUGUUGCCUACAGACAAACUAUAUAAUUAUGCCCUAUAUCACUUUUCAGGGUUUGGGCUCUGUAGGCCACUUUAGUACUACUAGAAAACAAUGCAAAACUUAAAUGAUCACUUGGAAACAAUUAUCUUUGGUCACUGCAUGUGAAUUUCAAUGAGAGGGAGAAGAGAUGUUGGAAAUUCCAAUGCAGUUGGAAUAUGAAAUAUGCAAGUAAGAAAUAAAUACCACUGAAAGAAUUACAUUUUGAUUCUUUCAGGUUUUGUGUCAGUACUUUAUCAGUUUUUGAGACUGUGUUUGAUAUCAUGGUGUUUAUAAAAUUCUAUGAAAUUGCAUUUUUGAAAUAACUUAUACAUGCUUUUUAUGACAGUGCUCAAUAUAAAGUAAAUGUAUUACAUUCUGUGUGUAUAAAGGACUGGAAUCAACUGUCUUUUGUUUGAAAACAAUUGUAUUUGUUCUUAUGUCCCUACUAGUAUCUUCAUCCCACCACAAUAUCCUCUUAGAGCAUCAAGUUCAAUAUAGCAUCCUUGUGAAAACAUCAGCAGCAGAGACAGCCUCAUUGAACUAUAGAAUUCUCAAGCUAAAAGGGAUCUUAGAACUCAUCUAGUUCAACUGCCUCAUUUUAUAGAUGAAGAAACUAAGGUGCCAAGAGGUUAAACAAUUUGCCUAAGGUCAAAUGACUAGUUAGUGGCAGAGAUGAUGCUUGAAUUCAGUCCUCCUGAUUCUCAAGUGUAAUGCUCUUUUUUCUCUACCACAUCUAAUGCCUCUAUGCAGUUAUAGGUUCUAGUUUAGGGAAAGGCAAAUUGCUUUCUAUUUUGAUUUCUUUAGCUUCUUGGGCUGUGUGUCUAUUUUAUUUGAAUUUCCAUAAUGGAAUAAGUGAGAAGUUGGUUGGAAGUACCCUUUACUGGCAGCCUAAGCAUUAAUGUUAUUACCAGCUAAAGAAUGACUGUUGAUAGUGGAGGAAGGUAGGGAGAAAAUGUUAAAAAAAUUGAAAAAAAAACUUUUUACUACAAUACAGAUUUGUAAAUAGAAUUCUUUUUUUUUAAUUUGAAACUUUCUUGAGUGUGAAAAGUUGAGUAAUUGACUUGUAACUCAUUCGGAGGAAAGAAAAGGACAAUGAAAAAAAUAUAUAUAUAUAUAAAGAAAUUGAAACAGGAAGGAACAUGUGUCAUCCUGUCAUUUGAGAAUUUUUUUUCUGUUUUAUAAUGUGUUAAAUAUCCAUGUGCAUAUCUUGAAUUCUGUUAAGGAUCCUGCACUGUAUCAAACUUGUAAAAAUAAUUGUUUGUCUGAGUAGCCUGCCCAGUCCCCCUUAUUGGGAGGAAUCCAUGUUUGAAGAACUGUUGUAACUCAAUAACUGAUUUGUUCUGAUGUUGUGAUUCAAUAGAAGUGAAUUGGAAGGAAGCAUGGUGUAUGAAAUUUUCUCAUGAUUUUUUUUGUGCCAGCUCUGUAUGAUGUGCCAUGUUUGUAAGACAAGAAUAAACUGCUGCUUUCAUUCAUGCCAUCCCACCCUAAA